UACUACAAUACAGUUAAUUAUUUAUAUAUAUAAUCCAAUAAUUUGGAAAUAUAUAACAGUCUAUUUUCGAUCUUUACCCAUGUAAGCUAAAUGCGCUGUAAUUUAUACGACUGAUUAAACGACUUUUUCUACUUUUACCGAACCGGAACAAACGAUUUUCUAUUGAGGCAAUGCCUUUGGCCUCCUUAAGUUUGCGUGCCAUUGCCGGAGGAAGUCAAAUGGUGGCAAGACAUGCUGCUGUGGGUCGAUUAGACAAGUGACACCGCACGCACGGCUCAAACCACCCAGGACACCACAUGGCACCGCCGCAUGUGACAGACCUGCUCCCGCGCUCAGUCAUCGACGGCAUGUCGCGGCGGGCGAGCGGAUACAGUACCGGAGUGCGCUGCCAGCGGUAUCCCGGAGGCCGAUACCAGGGUAAAUGGCUGGGCCUGCAGCCUCACGGGUUUGGAGUGAAGCAAACGAGCAGUGGGCUAGUCUACGAGGGUCAUUGGCAGAGGGGUCAACGGCAUGGCACCGGCACGCUGCGUCGCAAGGAGCUCGGUGGCCGCACAGAACGCAUCUACGUGGGUCAGUGGCGGGAGGACAAGCGGAGUGGCGAGGGCAAGCAGUUCUUUCCGGACGGAUCCGUCUACUUCGGUCAGUGGGUAGCGGACCAGCGCAGUGGUCAGGGCAUCUUGUGGCAGGCGGAUGGCGGCAUCUAUGUGGGCGAGUGGCUCCUGGACAAAAUGCACGGAAAGGGUGUACUUAUCACGGCAACUGGCAGUCGCUACGUGGGUCAAUUUGAAGGAGGCUGCAAAUCAGGCUCUGGUGUUUUCUACCAUGGCAGCAAUGGCCAGCGGGCUCAGCGCGGACUUUGGAGCAAGGACAUUUGUAUAACGUCACUACUGUCCCUGCCACCAGAAGGAAAUAUUUAG